UAACAACGUAUCUUUCGUUAGUGAUUUUGUAAUAAUAAUAAUGUCUUUCACUAUUAGUUGCGUUGUUUAGUAGUAUUGCGCCUGCGCGUAAUUUACAUUUAGUUUUACUUUUACCUACUUGUAAACUGUUUGUGAAUACGUCAAGAUAUAUUCAAGGGUAUACGCCGCGAUCAUGAGCGGCCAUUGGCGGAGGUAGUGUGGUGCCGUUGGAGUUGUUUUUCCUUUACGGUAUUACUUCUUGAACAAAACUCCGUCGUCGAAAUAUCAUCGUAGAAGUGUUGCUGUUGCUUUUCAGUUUCGGAUUGAAUUCAAUGGCAACUAUCAUUACACCUCUGUCAAAGUUUAAGCCAAUCUGCGCCUGGAUUUAACAAUUUCUUCAAUUCGAAUAAAAUGCUAAAUUUUUCUUUUUAUUUUGACGAAGACACAAAUAUCGUAGACAUCUGCAAUGAACGACUGCUAAAUCGCAGAUUAAUUCUCGUGAGUACUUUGGAUGGCCGUCUCUCUGCUUUGGAUCUAGUGAAAGAUGGAUCGUUACGUUGGAGUAUCGAUACAGAACCAGGGCCACUGCUUUCUUCGACUAUUCAUCAAGUCGAGCAAUCCGAAGAUUCUCGAUCGUACAGACUGAUUCCUUCGUUGAGCGGUGGUCUUUACAAGUUCGAUGGAGCGUUUGUCGAACCGAUGCCCCUUAAUGUUGAUCAUCUACUGAAAUCUUACUCCGACGAUGACAUUACUGGUGGUAAAGAAGUUCGUUCGUACGCGGUUGAAAUCGAAAGUGGAAAGAUCUUGUACGAAUGUUCGAUGAAAGAAUGCAGCAAUUGGACGGAGAAUAACUAUUUGAACUAUGAUAUUAUGUUGGUUCGACGUGAAACACAAAUCGUUCGAGCUAUAGAACCUCAAACUCGGAUCGAGAAAUGGAACUAUAGUGUCGGAUUACAUAACGUAGUAUUGACCCGAGGUGGUUUACCGGAAUGCAGUUUUAACCAAGAACCGAUUAACAUCGACAUCAAAGUAGAUGUUCCGAAAGGACUACUCUCAGUGGUUAAUAAAUCCGAACCUAGCAAAAUAUUGUGGCAAUAUCAGUUCGAAUCACCGGUUGCGAAUGUUUGGCAUCUAGUCGGAAAUCGUUUAGAGAACGUAGAUUUAUUCAGAGCUGCGGAAAGUGCCCCCGAAGAAAUCAGAACCCAGUCUAAUCCGUCCAUUUACAUCGGAUCGCAUAAUAAACAAUGGUACAUUCAAGAAAGUGAACCAUUCCAUCGUAAUUACCUCCUCCAAGACAAUCCUCUGCUGACUAUGAAGAAGUUUAAAUUCGUCCCCGCUGUUGACAGUGACAGUGAUCGGAAUCUACCUCAGAUUACUGAUGGCAGCGGUCACAAUUCAUCCACUUCUUUAACUAAGUUGUACGAUGUAGAAGCUGUGAAUGGUAAAGGAUACUAUUCGUACUGCGAAGAUAAGAAGAGCGAAUGUCGUGCCGAAAGAAAACCGCCGAACGUUUCAACUUCGAAAUCAUUCUGGUGGAAAGAAUCCUUCAUCGUGUUGAUUAUCACCUUCGUGCUGUUCAAAUAUCUGAAUCCGUGUCCGAAUUUAUUCUCCUUCAGCAUUACCGAAACCAUCAAGUCAUUUUUGAAUAGAUUACGCCGCGUGGAAGUUCCCAAAGAAUCAGCGAUGGAGGCAACAACCGGACAUCAAGAUCCGGGGCCGAGUAUUGCGUUCACGAGCACGUUUUCGGAAUACGAAAUUAAAUCCUUUAAAUCGCGUUAUUUGGACGAUUUUGAACCUAUUCAUUGUCUUGGCAAAGGCGGUUUCGGUGUGGUUUUCCAAGCUCGAAAUAAAAUCGACGAUUGCCACUACGCGAUUAAAAGAAUAACGUUACCAAACAGAGAAGAAGCUCGUGAACGAGUAAUGCGCGAAGUGAAAGCUCUAGCCAAGCUGGAGCAUCAGCACAUCGUUCGUUAUUUUCAAGCUUGGCAGGAAUGCCCACCGGUUGGAUGGCAGGAGGAGCAGGAUAAAUUAUGGAAGAAUAAAACAAAAGACGAAUAUUUAAGCUCCGAGCCGGAGGAUUGCCUAAGCUCCGAAAUGGACGGCUUGUCAACCACCAAUACGUCACCCUCGCAUUUCAAUAACAACGUCUUUGACCAGACUACCAAUAGCUGUGAUCUAAAUUUAAAUGGAUUUCAAAACGGCGACGCUGCUGUUCCUAGUACUUCCGAUAAAAGCAAUAAUUCGUUCGUCGAAUUCCGAACCUCGUCGCAAUCGGAAAACAGCGACGCUCAAUUGAAAUCAAAUCGCCAAAGCGAUCCGGUGUGCUGUACUGCAGCUACGUACGAAAUAAAACGACGUAAAUCGUUGCAAAAAACUUCCAAAGUUUAUCUCUACAUACAGAUGCAACUGUGCCAAAAAAGUAGUCUUAAAGAAUGGCUGUGCGAUAAUCCAAAUCGAGAUAUGAAUACGAUAUUGAACAUAUUCGAUCAGAUUGUGCAGGCUGUCGAAUAUGUGCAUUUACAAGGACUUAUUCACCGUGAUCUCAAACCAUCUAAUAUAUUCUUCUCGCCCGAUGGCCAGAUUAAAGUCGGUGAUUUCGGCCUGGUUACCGAGAUGAUCGAAGAUAGCGAGUACUCCGUUGAGAAAACCAAACCAACGUACUUUGACGAAAGUCGAACCGCUAAUGUCGGUACUGAAUUAUACAUGAGUCCGGAACAAGUUCAUGGCAAACCGUACAAUCAUAAGGUUGAUAUAUACUCAUUGGGCAUAAUAUUUUUCGAACUAUUGGUACCGUUUUCCACCGAAAUGGAGCGAUAUAAAACGUUGACCGCUUUAAGAAGCAAUAAAUUCCCUCAAGAUUUCCCCGAUAAAUAUGAGAACGAAUUCAAUUUACUCUCAAUGAUGCUAGCAAACGUACCUGAUGCACGACCAACUACAUUUGGGAUAAAAGCCAGACCACCUUUGAGUACAUUCCGAACUUUCGAAGGCUCAAAUUUACAAGACUGGCAUUUUGAACUGCCUACCAAGAAUAAUUCUAAUAUUUUAAGAAAAUCUAGCUCCGAGUCAGCUUGAUUGUAAUUUAAAUGUUCCUGUUUAACGUUAUUUUAAUUUUGUAAGCUUUAAAUGUUUUUUGUAUUAUUUUUUUCCUCUUUGUAUUAUGUUUAUGUUACAUCGCGUUGUGUGUACUAGUAGUUAUUUAUCAUCGUGUAAAUAAUACAUUUUCUUUUUUACCAA